AUGGACAAGUUCUACUGGGAUCCCUCCUUUGAGGACAAGGUGGAGAUUGUCCUGCAGAUGUACCGCGACGACGGCGUCACCCGGGCAGACGUGGAGGCGCUGCUGACGCGAUUUGGCAACCAGGGGCUGGACUUUUUCGGGCACCUGCGCAGCAGCACGUAUGACAACCAGAUCAGGGACUGGAUAGAGCAGAUCACAGGCUCCAAGUUUGACGCCGAGAAGAUCAACUUUUCUGAGCUGCAUCGGCGGCUGGUCAAACAGAAGGAUCUGCCUCAGUUUGACCCUGUGACGGCCACCCUGGGCAUGCUGGUGGCGGAGGGGGAGAGGCUGGUGGCGGAGCAGGACGCUGUCAACGCCAACAAGCUGUCUGAGGAGUACCUCAAGCACCUGCGGGAGGCAAAGAAGCGGAGCGCCUGGGGGGGCAUCGGCCUGCAGGGCGACGGGUGA